AUGAUACCAAGGAAAUCUAUAGAUCAAGUUAGCCCUCGACAAAUGCGAAAACGGCUAAUGCAAGCUUUUAAUGGAUGUAAUAAUAGAGAAUCUAUAAACUUAGUUGAAAAUAUUUCAACUCUCACACGUGAUGAUGGUGUACGAUAUGAUACUAUUCUUGAAAAUGAUGUUUAUGAUUAUUCUCAACAAAAUGAUCAAGAAGAUGAACUUGAACAUAAAUGUGUGUUUGAAGUGGAAGAUGAAUCUGAAUUAGAUCAACCCGAAGAGAGAGAAGUCAAUUUUGAUGAACAGGUUUACGAAAAUGCUCCAAUAACAGUAUCAAAUAGCAUGUUUCUCAUAUUAAUGAUUUUUUUACGUCAUAACGUUUCACUAGAGUGCAUAGCUGAUAUAAUUGCUGUUAUUAAUUUGCAUUGUAUGAAAAGUAGACUGGUUAAAAACAGUCUGUACAAAUUUAGAAAAUAUUUUUCUUUAGAUCAUUCUGAAUUUAUUAAACAUUACUAUUGCCAUUUCUGUGGUCGAGUGCAACUGGAGUCUGACAGCAUUUGUCCAUCAUGUCCCCAAAAAAAAAAUCCAUAUUUUAUUCAAUUACCAUUUCUUGAACACUUGAGAGAAAUGUACAAGAGAGAUGGAUUUUAUUCGAAGCUACAAGAUUGCCAUAAUAAGCGGAUAAAUAAUAACCCAGAUUGUAUAUCUGAUGUCUAUGAUGGUGUUUUAUACCGUAAAUAUGUACAAAAGGGCUUUCUUUGUAACCCUGACAAUAUUUCAUUCACUUGGUAUACAGACGGCAUACCAGUAUUUAAAUCCUCAAAAAUCAGUGCAUGGCCUAUUUAUUUAACACUUAAUGAGUUACCUAUUAAGGAACGCAAAAAAGGGAAAAUACAUUAUUAUUAG